AUGUUGGAGUUCACGCUGCAGGACCUCACCAGCAGCGCCUGGGCCUUUGCUGCCACCACGAUGGCGACCCCGGCGCUCAGCGCCGCCCUGGCCGAAGGCUCCAGAGCGCGGGUCCACCAAUUCGCGCCCCGAGACGUGGCCAGCACCUUUUGGUGUGCUGCCCGGCUCGGCAGCGAUGACCGGCAGCUGCUGGACCUGAUCGCGCAGCGUGGCCUCGAGACGAUGCAACACUUCAAGGCGCAAGACAGUUCCAACACCCUGUGGGCCAUGGCCCGUUUGGUGUUCCUUCACCCCACCUUCCUCCAGCAGCUGUCAGAGCAGAUCCUUUCCCAGUUGGAAACCUUCGGACCGCAGGACACCUCCAACGGCGCCUGGGCGAGCGCGCGGCUGCUGAUCCGCUCCUCGAAGCUGUGGGCGGCACUCUCGGAGACCGCGCAGCGCACGCUGCCGCGCUUCGGGCCCCAGACGAAGAUCUCGAACACGGCCUGGGCAUUCUCCACCAUGGAAGCCUACGACGGGCCCCUCUUCCAAGCCUUCGCCGCCGCGAGCCUGGCGAAGCUCGCGGAAUUCAGCGCGCAGGACAAAGCGAACACCGUGUGGGCGCUCGGAAAGCAAGAGCUACUGCACCCACCCUUCAUGGAUGCUGUGGCUGCAGAGUCUUUGCGCCGCCUAGAGGAGUACACACAGCAGCACGCCUCCAACAUCGCCUGGUGCUUCGGCAAACUGCUGGUCCACAGCCCUCAGCUGGUCACAGCGCUUGGCCAAAAGAUUCAGGCGCAGAUCGGGGAGGCGCAGGCGCAGACGCUGUCCAGCAUGGCGCGGUGCUUCGCGCGCCUGGCGAUGCGGGAUUGGAACUUUUUGGGGGCCGUCUCACAGGCGGCCCAGGCGAGGAUGGCUCAGUUCGGCCCACAGGAGAUUGCAAACAGCUCCUGGGCGCUUGGCAUGCUGGUCAUGGCGGACAAGAGCCUUUGCGAGGGCCUUGCGGAUGCAGCCCACAAGGCUUUGCCCAGCUUUUUAGUUGUCCAUCUCUCCAACACGCUCUGGGCCUUUGCCGCCCUGUCCCUUCCCCACGCGACGCUCUUCGAGGCCAUGGCUGAGGCGUGUGUGGCCAAGAUCUCGGCCUUCGGGUCCCAGAGCUUGUCGGCGACGGCUUGGUCCUGCGCCAAGCUGGUGCUGCAGAAGCCGCGGCUCAUGGAGGCGAUCUCUGCCCAGUGCGUGGCGAAAGUGGAGUCCUUCGCCCCGCAGAAUUUGGCCAACACCAGCUGGGCCUUCGCGAAGCUCCUGCUGAAGGACGACCACUUGAUGAGUGCCGCAGCCUCUCAGGUGGCCAAGCUUUGGGAGGCCAUCCCCAAGGAGCUCUCCAGCUUCGCCUGGGCCUUCGCCAAAGUGGCGCACGAAAGUGAGGCGGUCUUCAGUACCAUCAGAGACAUCGCCAUGUCCAAGAUCGGACAAUGCGACGCGCAGUCCCUGUCAAACCUGGCGUGGUGUUUCGGCACGCUGCUGAUCCAACCUGGACCUCUGAUAUGUGCCAUUGCGGAAGCCUCCUCCCGGUGUUUGCACACCUUCGAUGCGCAGGAGCUGGCCAACAGCGUUUGGGCCUUUGCUCGGCUGCUCUUCAUCGACAAGACGCUCUGCGAUGCCAUCUCCGCCAUGUGCAUCAGCAAGAUGGGGUCGUUUGCCACCCAGAACUCGACCAACACUGCGUGGGCCUUUGCCGUGUUGGGCCUCCGCAGCAAGCAGCUCAUGGAUGCCAUUUGCGCUGCCGUGCUGCAGAGCACCUCGCAGCUGAUCCCUCAGGAGCUGGCCAAUCUGUCCUGGUCUUGUGCCAAGAUCGGCUUUGUGGAUGAAGAGUUCCUGCGGGCGCUGGGUGGACAGGCGGUGAAGAUCGUGACGGAGUUUGUGACGCAGGACCUGGCCAACAGCGCCUGGGCCUUGGCCACUCUGAUGGAGCGCCGGGUGCUGCUGCUGAAGGCUCUGUCGCAGGAGUCCGCGAGGAAACUCCCCAACUUCCUGAACCAGGAGAUGUCCAACAGUGCUUGGGCCUUCGCCAAGCUAACAGAGAUGAGUACAGACUUGAGGUCCGCUUUGGAGGCGGAGGUGCAGCGGAGGAUGGCCUCCUUGGACGCCCAGGCGCUCGCGAACCUCUCGGACUCCGUGGAGACCUGUGCGCCCCAACUCAUGGCGAGGCUGGAGCCCUUCCUGGAAGACUUUGUGGGAGGGCUGCCUCGCCUCGCGGAGCGAAACAGCGGCUUCUCAGAGGUCCUUCAAAGGGUUGGAGUGGACAACUUCGGCAUCGCCGGCACGCGAGCCUUGCUGGCCAAGAUGGGCAUCCCUGAGCCCGGAAAGGACUUCCUCCAGCGCGCCCUGCGGAGGGUUCAACAGACGCUGGACGAGGGCGACGCGCGGAAGGAUCUCUGGGGCUUGGCUCACAAGCGCGUGCUGUGCUACGGAGAGUGGGAUGUUCAGUUGCCAGAUGGGCAACCUUUGCGCGGCACGCUGCUGCGGGAGAAUGGCAUCCGCAUGGGCCAUGCUUCUCCUCCGGCUUGGCUCCGGGCCUUUCCCACGCCCAUCAACAGUCUCAUUGGCCGUGACCUCUGUGGAGAGUUUCAGCUGACCACUGGCAUCGCCGUCAUCUUGGAUUCGGCACAAGAGGGGCUCACCGGCGAGGUGAGACUCUUCUCCAACAGCACGCCCUGCGUCUCCUGCUUGGCGGUGCUUCGUCAGCUCCGGCUGCGCUUCAAAGGGUUGCGCGUAUACUUUGCCAAUGGCGAGUUCUACCCGGAGUGAUGUGAGAAGCAG